GCGGUGCCGCGGGCGGGGGGAGGCGUGGGGCGCCGUCGGGGUCCGCGGCGCAGCGACCCUCAGCUGGGAUGGCGGCGGCGGCGACGGCGGCGCGCAGCGCCUGGGGCGGGCGGCGGCGCGUGGCGCUGAGGCUGCCGCGGAGAACCGGUGCCCCCUGGAUCGCUUCAGCCGCCGCCUCCUUCUCCUCCUCCUCCUCGGUGCCAACAACCAAACUCUUAAUUGAUGGGAAGUUUGUUGAGUCCAAAACUACUGAAUGGAUUGAUAUCCACAACCCGGCCACAAAUGAAGUGGUUGGCCGUGUACCAAAAGCCACAGCUAGUGAGAUGGAGGCAGCUGUGGCUUCCUGCAAAAAGGCUUUUUGGAACUGGUCAGAAACAUCUGUUUUGAGUCGCCAGCAAAUUUUCCUGCGUUAUCAACAACUCAUCAAAGACAAUCUGAAAGAAAUUUCAAAAAUCAUCACCUUUGAGCAAGGGAAGACCCUGGCUGAUGCUGAGGGAGAUGUGUUCCGAGGCCUCCAGGUGGUUGAACAUGCUUGCAGUGUGACAUCCCUCAUACUGGGAGAGACCAUGCCCUCCAUCACUAAAGACAUGGACACUUAUACCUAUCGUCUGCCUCUGGGUGUGUGUGCUGGAAUUGCACCAUUCAACUUCCCAGCCAUGAUUCCUCUUUGGAUGUUCCCCAUGGCUAUGGUUUGUGGAAACACCUUCUUGAUGAAACCAUCUGAGCGUGUACCAGGAGCACUCAUGUUCCUUGCCAAGCUGUUUCAGGAUGCUGGUGCCCCCGAUGGCACCCUGAAUAUCAUCCAUGGACAACAUGAAGCUGUGAAUUUCAUUUGUGACCAUCCGGAUAUCAGAGCAAUCAGCUUUGUGGGAUCUAAUCAGGCUGGCGAGUACAUCUAUGAGAGAGGAUCCCGGAAUGGCAAGAGAGUCCAGGCCAACAUGGGAGCCAAGAACCAUGGUGUGGUGAUGCCUGAUGCCAAUAAAGAGAACACCUUGAACCAGCUGGUUGGAGCUGCUUUCGGCGCAGCUGGCCAACGCUGCAUGGCCCUGUCUACAGCAAUUCUAGUGGGAGAAGCUCAGAAAUGGCUGCCAGAGCUUGUGGACAGGGCCAAAAAUCUACAUGUAAAUGCAGGAGACCAGCCUGGAGCAGAUCUAGGGCCUCUAAUCAGUCCCCAAGCUAAGGAACGGGUUUGCCAUCUGAUUGAGAAAGGAGUGAAAGAAGGUGCCAGCCUUCUUCUGGAUGGACGUACUAUCAAAGUUAAGGGCUAUGAAAAUGGCAAUUUUGUUGGGCCAACAAUCCUUGCCAAUGUCAAGCCAAACAUGACUUGCUACAAGGAGGAAAUCUUUGGGCCGGUGUUAGUGGUUCUGGAAGCAGACACUUUGGAUGACGCCAUUGAGAUGGUGAACAGUAACCCCUAUGGAAAUGGAACUGCAAUCUUUACCACCAACGGAGCCACAGCUCGGAAAUAUUCUCACUUAGUAGAUGUGGGGCAGGUGGGUGUCAAUGUUCCAAUCCCAGUACCUCUGCCCAUGUUCUCUUUCACCGGCUCUCGUGCUUCUUUCAGAGGAGACACCAAUUUCUAUGGCAAGCAGGGAGUGCAGUUCUACACACAGGUGAAAACUAUAAUUUCUCAGUGGAAAGAGGAAGAUGCCACCGUCACCAAGCCUGCUGUGGUUAUGCCAACUAUGGGAAACUAAAUCAGCCUUUGCAGAUGCUGUUCCUGGUGCCCUUCCCCUUCUAUGCUGCACUUACGAACUUUGUCCUGUCAUCAUUUCCUUGGGAAUGAAUAGAAAGCUCCAUUUUCUCAAGGACCUCUGUGUGCAGAUCAGGCAGGCUCAUGUAACACACGGUCUGGUUUUCUGUUGCUGUCAGUGGUUUUAGGCUAGCUGAACUCAAUUUUUUUCCUACAACAGAGGAAACAACCUUAUCUAAUUGAAAGGGCAGACAGUGAGAUUGGUCUUAAUACAUUUUUCUUUCCAGACCUGCUGAACUUGAACAUUACUCUGGUUUUCACUUUGAUAUCUUUAGCCUUAGUUACUCACUCCCAGCUACAUCCUGUAGCAGUUUUCUUUACCUCUUUAUCUUACAUCUUAAGAUUUUGAGUUCACCUUACUCAAAGAUGACGACUCAUUUUAAGUGACAUAACUGGGACACCUUGGGUGUCUCAUCGAAGUGACUUUACAUACAGUGAAGACAGUAAGUUUGGGAGUCGAAAAUGUCAGUGUCAUCUGUUGAGCAGUUUCCAAAACACUUGGGAAAUAGCUUUCAAAGGAUUUUUCAUGAAAGCAUAUUUGUGUGCUUGUCUGAGGAUGAAAAAAAUACCUGUGUGGUACCGUGACCUUCACUGUGCCUCUGACGGCUUGAAAACUUCUGUUCCUGUUGUGCAUGUGGCUUGUAUUCUCCAGCUUGCUGUCAAUUCCGUUACACCCAAAAGUUGUUUGGUGCCUUUUACUGAGCUAACAGAUAUGUGCCUACAGGUCCUGUAACAUAAUGAAACUGUGGAAGCAGAGAGAAGCAUGUAUAUGUGUCUUAGUGUCACAGCAUCAUGUGGGUCUGGAUGGAGGGGAGAGUAAGUGGACAGGUCAGUAGGAAGGAAGAACACAUUUUUUUAAUCCCAGAGCAGCCAGGCCUGCUCUGUUGGUCUGUUUUCCUGACUACAGCUGUAUUUCUUAUGUUGAUUGAUUGACUCCUUGUCACAUUUGCUCAAACAGUCAUGUUCUCUAGGGACUGCAGGUCCCAUUACAAGAGAAGGGUAAGACUUGGUGUACCCUGUUUUUAAGAAUCCAUGCAUUUGGAGCUGGAGAGCUCCAAAUUUUUAUUCCUGGUUUCUGGAAGAUGAUGCAGCCAUAGGGAACUCAUUCAAGCACCCAUGGAAAAUAGUAUUAUUCUAAUAAUUGUAACCAUGACUUGUUCUAAUUAAACAACCUGAAUGUGAACACUUUGUAUCCUGCCUUCUGGUAAAGAUGCCUUGUAACUGGCAGUUAUGUAUUAGUGCCAUUGCUGUGCAUUCACUGAUGUUUGUAGCUUGGUUUUUUCCUCUGCUAUACCCUAGAGGGAAAUUCUCACCACGCAAUUUGAUUACAAAUUAAAACUGUGCUAAUACA